AUGCCCUCGAGUUCAAGAUCGACAGCUUCUUCAACGGGAACGUUCGAAGUCUUCAAAGAGAAUGGUCCAUUGUUGUUCAAACUCGGCAUUGGCUUCUUCGCUGAUGCAUACGAUUUGUUCGUUAUUGACUUGGUGUUAGCUAUGUUGAGUGAACUCAACCGUGACGAUCCUGAGGGUAUCGGUCUUAACGUAGACACCAAAGGGGCCAUCGCAGCAGCUACGUCAGUGGGCGCAGUGGUCGGUAUGAUUCUGUUUGGCAUCAUUGGUGACCGAGUUGGUCGGCGUGUGUCUAUUCUGGUUACUGGUACAGUAGUCGCUGUCGGGUCAAUUGCCUGUGCUUGUGCACAGAGGUCGGCCAGUUUCCCUCUCGCGCUUCAACUCUGCAUAUUCCGGUUUAUUCUUGGUGUCGGCAUUGGUGGUGAAUAUCCUCUUUCUGCGGCUAUGGCAUCUGAAAGGUCCUCGACUGCUAUAAGAGGACGAGUAACUGCUGGGAUAUUCUCCAUGCAGGGGUUGGGGUUAGUCGUAGCGUCUAUUGUCCCGCUCGUUUUAGUAGUUGCCAGAGUACCCCUUGAAGUGGCUUGGAGAGUAUCAUUGGCCUUUGCGGUGUUACCUAUUCCUAUGGCUUUGUAUAUGAGGUUUAAGAUGUCCGAGUCUGCAGCUUUCGAAAACUCAAAACGAGCACAUAGUGGAGCGGCGAAUUGUGACCGACUGAAGAGUAUUCUAGCGAUUUUGUCGAGCUUCUUGAUACCACUAUUGGGUACGGCUCUGUCGUGGCUUUUCAUGGAUAUAACUUUCUAUGGUACUGGAGAGUUCAAGCACGCCGUAGCGUCUGAUAUCUUCCCAUCUGGUGAAGGUACACAGAAGAUCAUUGAUGCAUCCAUAUUUGCUAUGAUCAUAUCGUUUAUCGCCUUACCUGGAUACAUAUGUGCCUGUCUAUUCAUAGAUAGAUUGGGUCGGUGGACUCUUCAAGUUCUGGGUUUCUGUAUGAUGGCAGUCUUUUAUUUGGUCAUGGCCAUCUGUAUACAGUUUAAUGCCAAUGCAUAUCUCAACUUGGUGGUUUUUGGUGUUACUUUCUUUUGGACCAACUUCGGCCCAAAUACGACAACAUUCAUCAUUCCCUCGGAGAUUUUCCCUACACAAGUAAAGACGACAUGCCAUGGUUUCUCCGCGGCUAUGGGUAAAGUUGGUGCUAUCAUUGGCGCUUAUUCGUUCCCAGUGCUCCAGAGUCGGAUUGGUUUGGAUGGCGUGAUGUACGUAUGCACAGUAGUGGCAUUGCUGGGCCUAGCCUCUACUCUGAUUUUCCUUCGUCGUAGAGUCGUAGAUGAUGCCCCUGAUGUCUCAAAGGAGCUCAGCAUGGUGAAUCACGAGAUGAAUGGUAUGGCGUGAAUACUACCACUAUUUGGGACAGUAGAUUCGUCAGAGUCGGCAGUCUUGCACAUACAAGGCACGACAUUCGCACGACGAAGUUGUUGCCUUGAUGUUUACGUCUUGCAAGUUUGGGUCGCCAUUUUCUUGUUUGUGUACUGCUUUGUAUCUGGUCUCGCACGAGACAAGUGCUUAUGGUGUUUUUUCGCAGCUUUUAUUUCUUUCGUUUGAUUCACUCGUUGAGGCAGACGAUAUAUUAUGUAAUCGCCCCUCACUCUCGGGCUU